GGAGCAGCGCAGAAGACCAGCCACGAGGGCCAGGGAGUCAUCCUGCUUAGGGACCCCCAAAGUCAUCUAGCCCAACCCUCGACCACGCAGGAAUCUCUUGCCCAACCUGGGGCUCGAACCCAAGACCCUGAGAUCAGAGAGACUCAUGUUCUACCAACUGAGCUCCCCUGCCUUAUUCGGGUUUCUUUCUGCAAUUCACGUGGCUCCUCAGAGAGGGAAAAUGUGAGCUUGGUUUGCUCCACCUUGCAAGGGUUAAAAGGAACUGAGAUGCAUUCCUAGAAAGGACAGGAAAUAAGGUGGGGAUGCGGUCCUCCCAAGCAAAAGCCCCUCCCACUUUCCCAGCUUCCUCCCUGCAAGAGGGGGAAGGUGGCUUUCGUCUCCUCUGCAGGAGCUGCCUCAGUUUCCCUUCAGGGACCUGAAUUUGCUAAAACCACUCAUUAGGACAGGCAGAACUUGGCAGAAGACGUAGGGACUUCUUUUGAUUUCUUGGAGGUGUCCUGAGAACAGAGAUGGAUGAGCAAGACUCAGCUGGGCCUGAAGCAGGAAGGCUUCGUUCCAUCCAAACUCUUAGCCAUGGAGGAAUCUGGGGAAAGUCUGUCCAAAGGAUCCUGGGUGAGGAGGGGACACUCCACUCAAAUGUGCAGAGCCAGCAACUCAGGCGGCUUUGCAACCAGGAGGCCAAAGGACCUCGAGAGGUUUGCAACCGACUCUACCACCUUUGCCGUCAGUGGCUGAAACCAGAAACCCACACGAAAGCUGAGAUGCUGGACCCGGUGAUCUUGGAGCAGUUCCUGGCUGUCCUUCCAGCAGAGAUGGAGAGCUGGGUGAGGGAAUGUGGAGCGGAGACCAGUUCCCAGGCGGUGGCCCUGGCUGAAGGUUUCCUUCUGAGUCAGACAGAGCAGCAGGGGAAGGAUCAUUUUCCAGAAAUGGGUUUGGAUUCCUCUGAGGUAGAGAGAACUCCGUUGGACUCUAGAGAGAGGCCACUGGGAGACCGAAGGAUGCCAGCAAGACCUGUUUGUCCAUCUUUUCUUGGUGGCGAAGGGGAAGCUGCCCCUGUGGAACCAGAGCAGGGUCCAUUGUGCUUUGAAGAUGUAGCUGUGCAUUUCACAGACGAGGAGUGGGCGUUGCUGGAUCCUGAGCAGAGAGCUCUGCACAAGGAAGUCAUGGAGGAGAAUCGUGGGAUCUUGGACUCUCUCGUUGCAGGUGUUGAUGAAUUGGAGCUGAAGAACGAGGGAGACCACGACAAAAGCCACAGAGUGGAGAAGUCAUAUCCAUAUUCAGAGUGCAGAGAGAGCUUCAGUCAGAGCUCCCAUUCCACUUCAAAUCAAAGAACUCCCCUUGAGAAGAAACCCUACCAGUGCUUGGAAUGUGGAAAGAGCUUCAGGGAGAAAAACCAGCUCACUGUCCAUCAGAGAAUUCAUACAGGGGAGAAACCCUAUCAGUGCCAAGAGUGUGGAAAGAGCUUUAGUCAAAAGGGCAGUUUAAAUACCCAUCAGAGAAUUCAUACAGGGGAGAAACCUUAUCACUGCUUGGAGUGUGGCAAGAGCUUCUUUCGAAGAAGCCAGCUCACUGCCCAUCAGAGGAUUCAUUUGAGGGAGAAACCUUAUCGAUGCUUUGAAUGUGGAAGGAGCUUCAGUCAGAGCACCCAGCUCACUUUCCAUCACAUACUUCAUUCCGGGGGGAAACCAUAUCACUGCUUGCAAUGUGGAAAGACUUUCACUUGGAAAAUAAGUCUCACUUCCCAUCAGAGAAUUCAUACAGGUGAGAAACCCUAUCACUGCUUGGAAUGUGGAAAGAGCUUCAGGGAGAGAAACAAGCUCACUGUCCAUCAGAUAAUUCAUACAGGGGAGAAACCUUAUCAGUGCCAAGAGUGUGGAAAGAGCUUCACUCAAAAGGGCCGUUUAAAUUCCCAUCAGAUAAUUCAUAGAGGAGAAAAACCUUAUCACUGCUUGGAGUGUGGCAAGAGCUUCUUUCGAAGACGCCAGCUCACUGUCCAUCAGAGAAUUCAUAUAGGCGGAGAACCCUAUCAGUGUUUGGAAUGUGGCAAGAGCUUCCGGGAGAGAAGCAAUCUAACUGUCCAUCAGAGAAUUCAUACAGGGGAGAAACCCUAUCAGUGCCAAGAGUGUGGAAAGAGCUUCAGUCAAAAGGGCAGUUUAAAUUCCCAUCAGAGAAUUCAUACAGGGGAAAAACCAUAUCAGUGCUUGGAAUGUGGCAAGAGCUUCUCUCGAAGAGGCCAACUCAUGGCCCAUCAAAAAAUUCAUACAGGGGAGACACCCUAUCAGUGCUUGGAAUGUGGAAAGAGCUUCAGUCACCAAGGCCAGCUCAAUGUCCAUCAAAGAAUUCAUACAGGGGAGAAGCCAUAUCAGUGCUUGGAAUGUGGAAAGAAAUUCACCCAGAGCUCCAAUCUCACAAUCCAUCACAGAAUUCAUACAGGGGAGACACCCUAUCAGUGCUUGGAAUGUGGAAAGAGCUUCAGUCACCAAGGCCAGCUCAAUGUCCAUCAAAGAAUUCAUACAGGGGAGAAGCCAUAUCAGUGCUUGGAAUGUGGAAAGAAAUUCACCCAGAGCUCCCAUCUCACAAUCCAUCACAGAAUUCAUACAGGGGAGAAACCCUAUCAGUGCUUGGAAUGUGGAAAUAGAUUUAUUGUGGAGGCCAAACUCAGGAUCCAUCAAAGAAUUCACAGCAAGAGAAAACUAUUUUAGUGCCAAGAAUGUGGGAAGAGCUUCAGUCACAGGGCCCGUCUCGCUUCCCAUCAAAGAACUCACAUUGAUGGCAAAUUAUAGUAGUGGCUGUAUACAGAUUUAAUUUUAGGAGCCCUUAGUUUGUAUGAGGUGAGAAUUGCAGUUGGGUUCUUUGCCACAUCUGGUGCCCCGUAGUAAUUCCUACAACAUACCCAAGAACUGUGACUUUCAAGUUCUUGGCCAAGGUGUUUAAUGCCUUCUUCACAGUUUCCUUUCUCUUGGCAGAUCAAAAUGAGCAGGAGACGUCAAAGGUUGCAAUUUGAAUUGGGUUGCAAAGCUGGGACAAUUAGAAUAAGAGGCAGUAUUUGACUAUUGACUCAAAACCCUACAGUGCAUUUAAUAUAACGGACUUUUAAUUUUUAUUCUUUGUAUAUCGUAUUGUUGUUUUAUUGGUAUGCCCAGGGGCUGACGCAAAGAAAGAUUUAUUCAUUCAUUGAACAUUUUCUUCGCGUCAUGCCUGGGGUGAGGGAUAAGAGUGAUUUGGUGACACUGAUGAGAUGGCUGUCCACGCUGAACUUUCCUCGGAAGGACAUGGGGUAAAAUUUGUGAUAGUUGAUUGAAUAUUAGAUAUUAUAGAUUUUGAUUUUGUUCGAAGUGUCCUAGUACUUAUUGCAUUUAACCUUUUUGAUAGAAUGUAUUAGGCAUGAUUUUUGUAUGCCUGCAUUUUGUAAUCCCCAUGCCACCCUCCUGCACUGUGUAAAGCUGUGAUGUGUAUAUUGCCUACCUCUUCUAGCCUUAUCUGACCCUAGAAGGGCAGGUGAUGUUUAGAGAAAGAGGAAGGAGUUGAACUAGCAUCCGUGUGAGAACUCACAUAUCUCCCCAAAGGUUUUCACAUCUUUUGGUACCAGGGAAGUCAGAUAUGGGAUUGAAAUGUCAACAGUCCCAUGCAAGUCCUGGUUGCCAUGGGCAUGGUGUCAGAGUGAGACAUAUGCGACCCAAAUGACCUGGUCGCUCUGGGACACCCACCGCAAGGUAAUUUCAGAGGAGUCGAUAUCCGCAUGAAGCCACGCAUCCCAUGACCUGUAACCUUUCUUGAUGCAAGUGGAAGAGUGUUGUGGCAUUUUAUGAGUCUUUGUGUGCUUUGUAUAUAACCUUUCUUCUAAUAUGCCUCCUGGCAGCCUUUUCGAACUAGCCGUUCUGCUGAACAACUGGUUAGCCAGGCUGUCCUAUUGGAAUAGUUUGAAUAAACCAGCUCCCUGCA